UACACACCCACAUUACUUUUGUGUCAACCACUUCGCGGGAGUUGUCACAACAGGAGCGGUCAUCUCUUUAAAACUAGACAACACUAUACGAGAAACUAGGCAACCAUGUCUGACAGAAAAGCAGUGAUCAAAAAUGCCGACAUGUCGGAGGACAUGCAGCAGGACGCCGUGGAGUGUGCCACUCAGGCCCUGGAGAAGUACAACAUCGAGAAAGAUAUCGCUGCAUACAUCAAGAAGGAGUUUGACAAGAAAUACAACCCAACCUGGCACUGCAUCGUUGGGAGGAACUUUGGCAGCUACGUGACCCAUGAGACCAAGCAUUUCAUUUACUUCUACUUGGGUCAAGUCGCCAUCCUGCUGUUCAAGUCGGGCUGAGAGAAUGCAUUUUCUCUAAAUCAGCUGACCAUACAUACAGUACUGACUGAUUCGACAAAGGCACUUAUCAUUCCUUGGCAAGGGGCCGCUGCCUUUUUCUGUGCUGCUUUCUACUUUGUUCUGUUUUUGAGGAUAAAAAAAACGUGGCCAUGUUAAAGAGAUGAAACACUUGUAUUUAUUUUUGUCUUGUUACAUUAGACAUGUCAUUUUUUUAAUUAAAGUGUAGCUGUUAAGCUGUCUGGGUCCAAUGUCUGGUGUGGUCACUUCAUUAUACACUAACUGAACCAGGAGAUUGGUAAUAUUAGCAAAUUCUCAUGAUUUGAAAGGCAUAACAUUACAAGUGGGAUAAAAUCCUAUAUUUGCAGUUAACACUGGAGUGACUAAAUAUGCAAUUGACAUUUUUCCGCCAUAAUUUGAAAGACAAGUCACUCAUGCCAGCUUCUUAGAGCUUUUGGCGAACAAUUAUCUUUGGCUAUAUCUGAUGCUCAUUUAUGGUUGAUUGCAAGGGAACAAAACAGAAUAAACCUGAUCAUGGUAACAUA